CUUCGAUUGAAGGUCAUUUAGGAGUAUAAAGUAAAAAUGAGUUGAUUUGCCAGUUGCUCAAGAAUGAUGAUGUCUUUGCAAGUGACGUUAGGUGUCCUCUUUGUUGUGUUUGUUUAUUCCUUUGCAAUGGAAUCAUCAACACAGGAAACAAUUGUUAUGUUCGGAUCCGUUCAAAAAGGCAAAGUUGACAAGAAACUAAAAAUUGGAGACAUCCAUGAAAAAUAUGAAACAUCUGAUAGCAAUAGAGAUUCUGUAUCACGAUUUAAACCAAAACCUGAAACCAAAUACUUUUAUGAAUUUUCUGCAAUCAAAAAGAAAGAUUUUAAAAAAGUUGUACCACACAUAGCUGGUCCAAUGUUGCACCCACUUGGAUUACAUGUACGAGAAUUAAACUUGCCAUUUUUAUACUGAACAUCAAAUAAAAUUGCAUGUAAAAUAUA